UCUCACGAGCGGGAACUCCCAAGAUCUGAAGCGCUCUCUCUCUCGCUCUCUCUCUCUCUCUAAUGGAGGAUGAGGAGAACGAAGCCCUCUCUCGAGUCAUUUCCGAGCUCGAAGCUCUCCACCACGACGACCCCAACACCCCUUCCCCCUUCUCCGAGCCCUCCCUCCUUGACCUCCUCUCCCUCCUCGAUGGAGGCGGCGGCGGCCACCCCCUUUGGGACCACUUCGCCGCCCGGAAGCUCCCCCUUUCCUCCCUCCUCUGCCCCCUCUCAGCCGCCAUGGACUCCCCCUCUCCCCGCCUCUCCCUCCUCGCCUCCCGCGCCUACCUCUCCCUCCUCGUCUCCCCCUCUGCUCCCCUGUAUACCCUCUUCACACCCCUCCCCUUCCUCUCCCUCCUCCGCUCCCUCCGGCGCGCCCUCAAGCCCAUCUCCUCCCCCUCCCCAGCCCCUGCCCCGCCGGUCGACACCUCCCACGACUGCCGGAAGACCCGCCGGAAGCGGAAGGCUGGCCGGCCCCGCGACGCCGCCGCUGCCGCUGUCUUACCGGCGGACCACCAAUCGGACGCCAGGGACUUGUUAUGCCAAGUUCUUGAACUGCUUGACUCCGUGCUCCGCCGCAUCCGGCUCGACAGCUCCCACGAUGGCCUGAAGUCGUUGAUCGAGGCCGUGGCUGCCAUCCUCGACGCCUCCACUGGCCAUCACCGGCUGCCGGACCUCUGCUUCCGGAUACUCUAUGGUUUGGUCUCUAGGCCCGACCAUGGAGACCAGAUGCUCUCGGCGGUUGAGGUACUGCGAUCUUUGGCCCCGAUGAUCCUUUCUCCGGUGAAAUGCCCUGCCCGAGCCUCUGCCCUAGGGUUUCUUACGAGAACGAUGGUACCUUUGUGUCGGGACAAUGAUGGGGUGAGGAAGGCUCUGGUGUACCUUCCGAGGUUCUUGGCAAUGAAGGCGCCGGAGAAGUCCGAGCCCAGAGCUCUGGCAGUUGAUUCCAUCAUGGAGAUUGUUCGAGCAAUGGAAGGUGAGGAUCAAAUUGGUUUCAUGCAGUAUACGGUGAAGAUGACAAAGGGGAAGACACAGCUCAGGCUGCUCGCUGUCGAUCUCAUUGUAGCACUUUUGACAUCGUUGCCUGACCCGUUGGGACUGAAGGAUUCGAGUGAGAUAAUUGAUUGCCAGUGGGGGAUGAAGUGCUUGGAAGCAUUAGUACAGCGUUGCUCAGACUCGGUUGGAGGAGUCCGAGCUCGGGCAUUAUUGGAUAUGGCUCAAGUGGUUGGCUUUUUAUCUGGGGAUGAGGAGAAUCAUGCUCAGCUUCAUGAAAUUAUGGGAAUUGGCAGUGCUGGCUUCAAUGAGCUCCUAAGAAGGAGGUGUGUGGAUGAGAAGGCUGCGGUGAGGAAGGCGGCACUUCUUCUCAUCACAAAGUCGAUGGCUUUGAUAGGCAGGCCUAUUGAUGAGGUACUCCUCAAAACAGUGGGAUCUGCUUGCGCUGACCCGCUUGUCAGUAUCCGCAAAGCAGCUCUUGCAGCUCUGUCAGAGGUCUAUAGAAGAUUUCCAGAUGGUAGAGUGAUAAGUGAAUGGCUUCAUGCUGUGCCACCCUUGAUUGUAGACAAUGAGACAAGCAUUCAAGAGGAAUGUGAAACUUUGUUUCUUGAAUUGGUCUUGGACAGGAUUUCUCAAGCUGGAAAAGUGAACUUGGGUACUAAUGCAACUGAUCUGGAGUCAUUAUUACCCGAGGGUGUAUUGGAUUUGUUGAAAGGGAUCUGUGAUGGGGAGGUGGCACCAUGUAUAAAAAAGAUAUGUGCAAGCCUUGGAAAGAAGAAAAAACUGAAGAAUUCCAUUGCUAGUUCACUUCAAAACGUCAUUACAGCAUCAGAAUCCUCGUGGCUGAGAAAUUCCAUGCCAAUAGAGAAGUGGAUUGCCCCUCCUGGGGCUUGGCAGCUUCUUUCUGAGGUCUCUUUAUUCACGCCCAAGGCAGUUGACUGGGAGUUCCUUCAUCACCAGUGGCAGCUCCUAGACAUGGUUAACCUAGAAGAGAAAGGUGAAGCCCUCGACAGAGGGGAACUCAAUUCUAUUUCAUGGGCCAGAGAUCGUGUUUCCCUCUUGCAAACCAUUUCCAAUGUCUGCUUGGAAUUGCCUAUGGGGCCUGCUGUAGAUUUGGCUGAGAAGCUGUUCAACCGUAUUGAGAAUUUUAACAUGCACUUGAGUGAGGUUGAUGCUCAUAUAAAAGCUCUGAAAACUUUAUGCAAGCGAAAGGAAACACCGGAGAAAGGCAAUGCCCUUGUGUUGCACUGGGUGCAUCAGUUACUCUCCAAAGCUCUGAAGAUUGUUGAUGGUUAUGUAUCAGAUGUCUCGGAAGCUGAAAAGGCUAAAAGCUUUUUAACACCACCUCAAAGUGGGAGAAGAAAUGGGAAGGACUUCUUGGCAUCAAAGUCGAUGUUACAAGCAGUGACUGCAGUCUUCACUGUUGGGUCUUUGGUUUUGUACUGUCCAUCUGCUGAUUUGCAGGGCAUUGUACCUUUAUUGCACACCAUCAUAACUUCCAGGAAUUCUGAACCAAGACCUAAAAAGCUUGCAGGCUUGACAGUUUCAUUUGAAGAAAUAUCCCCUUCUUUGUACAAUCAGUCCUGGGUGACACUGGGAAAAAUCUGCCUUGUUGAUGAUAAACUAGCAAAGCGCUAUAUUCCUCUCUUUGUGCAGGAGCUUGGGAGGAGUAACUGUGCAGCUCUUCGCAAUAACAUCAUGGUGAUGAUGGCUGACUUUUGUGUUCGAUAUACUGCCUUAGUUGACUGUUAUAUUCCAAAGAUCACUAAAUCAUUGCGAGAUCCUUGUGAAAUUGUGAGAAGACAAACAUUUAUCUUGCUUUCACGAUUAUUGCAGAGAGAUUAUGUAAAGUGGAAAGGAGUGUUGUUCCUUCGGUUUCUGCUAUCUCUGGUUGAUGAUUCUGAAAAGAUAAGAUGCCUGGCAGAUUUCCUCUUUGGGAGCAUCCUAAAAGUUAAGGCACCACUUCUUGCAUAUAACAGUUUCAUAGAGGCCAUUUUGGUUCUAAAUGAUUGCCAUGUUCAUGCUGGGCAUAGUGAGACUCAGGGAGGUCUACACACUGAGACUCAGCUUUUCUCCAUAAGAGGCACGGACGAGAGAUCAAGGUCACAAAGAAUGCACAUCUAUGUUUCUUUGUUAAAACAAAUGGCACCAGAGCAUCUUUUAGCUACUUCAGCCAAAUUAUGUGCUGAGAUCCUGGCAGCUGCUUCUGAUGGCUUGCUCAAUGUUGACGAUGUCACCGGGCAGUCUGUAGUUCAGGACACCUUACAAAUUCUGGCUUGCAAAGAGAUGCGAAUCCAUUCCAACCGUGGCUCUGACACGACAGAGAUGGACGAUGAAGGUGGGGAUGGAGGAGGUGGAGCCCUCCUUGCUGCCAGGGGGAAGGUGGUUACUCAACUAGCAAAAAAGAACCUGAUUCAGAAUGCCAUUCCCAUAUUCAUUGAGCUCAAGCGACUGCUUGAGAGCCAGAACAGCCCACUCACAGGCUGCCUCAUGGAAUGCCUCCGUGUCCUUCUCAAGGACUACAAGAAUGAGAUUGAAGAAAUAUUAGUUGCUGACAAGCAACUCCAGAAAGAACUCAUCUAUGACAUGCAGAAGUAUGAGGCUGCCAAGGCCAAAUCCACUGUCAAAGAGGCUGUUGCCAAUGUCCAAAGGUCUGACAGCUACUGCUCACCUGCUGACCGGACAGCCACUGGAAUUUAUGCCAGAGUUUCAGAGAAGUUAGGAACUGGCGGGAAGAUUGCGUCAGCUGUGGCUGAUGCAGCAGCCAGAGCUACAGUUCGAUCUGUGCUUAAGGAGGUGAAUCGGACUGUGGCAACCCCCCCACUCCGUUCAAUGAGCGUUCCCAAGCUGAAGUCCGUAAUGGGUAAUGCUGGUGUCUUAAGCAGCAAUCGGCCACCGGAUGUAUUGGAAUCUCUGAGGCGGAGACAGUCUUUCGAGUCUGAUGAAGAGAAUUAGCAUUCUUCAUGUGGCCAUGCAUGUUAGUGCUGUAUGUGUCUGAACUAAGUUGCUUCACUGACUCAAAAGAAUGUGAUUUACUGAAGUGGGGUAUUUUCCUACAGUCUCUGUAACUCGCCACUUUUUUGUUGUCCAACCAAUUUUGUUUGCUUUAUAAUUUCAGUUCGCUUUAGUCUGCAGCAGUCCUAACAAAA